GGGAGUCUUGCAUGAGUUGGAGGAGCUGUGGCGGUGGCAGUCCAUACAAGAUUUUAAAUUCAUUUGGGAAGAUUUGAGAAAAAAAAACAAAUAGAAAAGCAUGGGACUCUUGAGGGCCAUAGGAUUUUUCCAUGGAAACAUAUUCUUAUUUAGUGUCAUGAUAGGGGCAGGAAUCUUUGUGUCUCCUCAAGGGGUUUUGAAAUAUUCUUCACAGAACAUCCCUGUUUCCCUGAGUAUAUGGGCCGCUGCUGCCCUGCUAAAAAUGAUGAAUUCUCUCUGUAUUGCAGAGCUAGCAACUACUUUUCCUGUGAGUGCAGCACCCUAUUAUUGCCUAAAAAGGUCACUUGGGUCCUCUGUUGCUUUCCUCAAUGUUUGGAUUGGUAUGUUUGGAUAUUACUUGGGACUAAGUACCCAAAGCUUACUAAUAGCAAAUUGUCUAAUCCAACCUUUCUAUUCUGGGUGCCCAGCUCCAGAGCUACCAAAAAAAUGUCUGGCUUUGGCUGUUUUGUGGUCACUAGGAAUUCUCAAUGCUCGAGGGGUGACUACAGUGUCUUGGUUUAAUACUAUCAGUAGUUUCAUGAAGAUGGCUGUCCUUUUUUUCAUUUCUCUAACUGGGAUUGUGCUGUUAGUGAUUGGGAAAAGAGAGAAUGUGUCCAGGUUUGAGAAUGCUUUGGGUGCUGAAUUUCCUGAUGCCUCACAAAUUGCAGAAGCAAUUCUUCAAGGGUCUUUUGCAUAUUCGGGAUCAUCACUUCUGUUUACCAUAGCAGGAGAAAUAAAAAAUCCUGCUGAAACGAUUCCAAAAUCUCUGAUUUCUGGUAUAUCUACGGUGGCUGUGUUAUACAUAUUGACUAAUGUAUCCUACCUGGCAGUUUUGUCACCUCAGGAAAUCCUCUCUUCAGAUUCUGUUGCUGGCACAUGGAUGGACAGAGUCUUCCCUUCCAUGCAAUGGAUCAUUUCUUUUGCGGUCUCAAUUUCAAUGUUAAACAGCACUGCCUGUGGAAUACUUUCAGCAUCAAGAUUUUUUUACUCUGCAAGUCAAGAAGGACAGCUGCCUUUCAUCUUCUCUAUGCUUAACAACUACCAUUGUCCAGUUGUAGCUGUGACAAAGAUCAUCAUUUUUUCUUCUAUUGCAGUAAUACCUUCAAGAUUAGUCAACUUAAUAAAAUAUUUGAUGUUGUCAACCUUAGUUUUAAGUGAGCUAAAUAUGAUAGCUUUGCUUAAACUAAGGCACCAGGAGCCCCAUCUACACAGACCUUACAAGGUGUGGCUACCGUUUCUAUUUGGGUCGAUGUCUUCCUCUUUGUUUCUACUUGUCUUACCAAUGAUUAAGACUCCCACAAUGGAGCUUAUUUACCAAGUCAUCUUUAUUUUAAGUGGAUUUCUAUGUUACUGGUUUCAUAUUCACCUUAAGCAACAUUCUGGGUUUUUUGAUAAAAUCACUUGCUAUUUGCAAUUGCUAUUUAAUGUUUCCCCACCUGAAGAUAGAGAUAACAUUUUUAUUCACUAGUACAAAAGUACAUAAAAAGUAAAAUAUACUAACUUCAUGAAUUAUUAUAUUGUGUAUAAUCAUUCAUUACAGAAAUAUCCAUCUCCCACAAACCACAAAACUGGAUGACACAAAGUUACUCUCUGAGCUGAAUAGAUUUUUGUGAAAAGAAAAACAGGAACUUAAAGAUUCUAAGCACAAAAUUAAAUGAUAUCAAAAUGUUAAUUACUAUGAGUUAACAUCCACUGGAGUUUCACAAUAUACUCCAUAAAUAAUAAUUAUUAUUACUACACAUAAAUCAUAAAUUGUAAUGUUUACAAUAUUUGAAUAUUAAUACUAGUUUGAUCUUAAUAUACAAUGUAGAUAUAUAAAAAUAUCACAUUUACCCUGCUAUUUUACCGUAUUAUUUUUAUUGAUUCCUUGGAAAAUUGACACCUUGUACCCUGAUCACACUCACUACCCUUUCCUUUUUUAUCUCCUUCCCCAUCCUUAAGACUCCCCCCAAAAUAAAAAGUAAAUAAAAAUUAAAGAGAAA